ACAUCUACGAAAAAUAAUUCUCCAAAAUAUGUCUAACAGUGUCUUGCCCAGGGAAGCAGUUCAUGUCAAAGUGAAGAAAUGUGAAAUAAAUACUCCACCAGAAUGGCGGAAAUUUAGCGUAGAUCCGCAAAUCAUCUCGCUGGAGGUUUUAUAUUCAUUGCUUGCUAAAGCAUUUGAUAUAAAGUCUGAUUUUUCCAUUAAGUAUAAAGCGUACAAUCCAGCAGACAUCAACGGAGCCUUGCCUUACUUUGCAAAUGGAUAUAAAGCCACAUACGAGCGUGAAAGAAUGCGAUUCCAAUUGUGCGACUACACCUAA